AUGGGUAAUUGUGUUUCCGCUGGCUCCUCAUCAUCAGCUAACGCUACUGCUGAAGAGUUGCCCGUUUGUCACUACCAUGUGUUCCUCAGCUUCAGAGGACCAGAUGUCCGCCGCAACUUCCUCGAUUGCUUCUAUGACCAACUCAGAAGCUCCGGGAUUGUGGCGUUUAGAGACCGCGAAGAGAUCAAGCCCGGUGAAAGGAUCAAUACCAAGAUCCUGGAAGCCAUCAAGCAUUCCGACAUCUGCAUCCCCGUCUUUUCCGACGACUUCGCUUCCAGCGCAGCUUGCCUGAUGGAAGUUGCCCAGAUGGUGGAGUCGGGGAAACCCAUUAUUCCCAUUUUCUACGGCGUCAAGCCCAGCGCUGUUAAACACCAGAAUGGGAAAUAUGGAAGGGCCUUCAUCAAGCACGGGAGACGCAGAGAUGCCGAGACAAUCAGAAAGUGGAAGAAUGCUCUGGAAUAUAUUGCUGAGAUUUUGGGUUUCGAAGUGGAGCAUGAGGACAGUGGGUAA